AUGAAUCAUUUAUAUUUUACUGAGAAAGAUUUGGCUGAGGAAGACGGGUUAGGAAAAUUAAUCUAUUUAUGGACAGUUUGUGCUAUAAUGGAAGAGGUAUCGCCAAAUGAAAAAUACUUUGUGACUUAUAGUGAAGAAGAUCACUCAAUUGUCGGCUGGAAUAUCGAUGAUAUAAAUGAGGGACAACUUAAAUCAGAUUGUCAUAUCAGAAUUCCUAAUGAUAAUAUACGACAAAUAUACAUUUCUGAUGAUAAGAAACUUGCUUAUAUAGAAUUUGGACAUUUAGGAAUAAAAAUAUUUGGUACUGAUGAGGAAAUGAAAUAUUAUACGCCUGAACUUAGAAUUUCCAGUAAUGAAAAGUUUAUUUGUACAAGAAUCAAGGAUAAAGUUUUUAUUUAUUCUGUUGAAUUAGAAAUACCUAUUGUUUCUUUAAAUAUAAAUAAUGAUAUACAAUUAUAUGACAUUAUAUAUCGUACUGGUUUAAUUCAUUUAUUACUUCCUUUAUUGCUUCCUCUAUUAAGUAAUAGUAAAAUUCGGAAUUCUAUUAUGGAACAUUGUUGGAAAGAAUGUUUAAAUCGUUUAAAUAAGAAUGACCAAGAAUUUCAAAUCGAAAAUUUACUAAAAAACAUUCAAUUCACAACCAAAUAUGCACUUAUAAUUCUAGAUGGGUAUAUUUGGAAGAUUAAACUAGAAGAAAAUGCUUCUAAUAUGAAUUUUAUAUUCGAAAAUUCUGAAGAUGAUGAUUCUAAUGAAUAUUGGUAUUUUGAUAAUGAAUCAUAUGAAACAUAUGAAAACUUAAAUAUUCAUUUAUUUAAUCCCUAUAUGGAUAAUAUACAUGCAUUAUUUCAAAAAGUUAUAUCAAAUUUUAUUAUGAAACGAGAACUGACUUUAAUUCAAGGUUUAAUUAAAUGGGAAAUUAACAAUAUUAAUGAUAGUGGAAUUGAAUUGCAAAUUUUUAGUUAUGUUGAUUUUAAUAAAUGGGAUUUAAUUUGCAAACGUGUUGAAAAUUUUAGUAUUUUUGUAAAUAUCUUUUUACUUGGAAUUGAAUUAUUUGAUAAUGAUGAUAUUGUUCUAAUAACAACAAUUGGUCUUUUUAUUUAUCAUCUUAACAAAAAUAACAAAUCCAUUACUUUAAGAUAUUUUUAUCAUAUGAAAUCAUAUUAUAUGAGAGAUUUAUUACAUUAUUAUAGAAAAAUAUUUUCAAAAUCUAUUUUACCUUUAUCAAAUUGUAGUAGUUUUGAAAUAAGUGAUGGUUGGGUUUUGGAUGUAAAAAAUAAUAAGGAAAGUCUUUUGAAAUAUGGUGUUGAGUUAUUAUCAUUUGCAAUUAAAGAUCAAAGGUUGAAAUUAAUUGAUGAUAUCUAUAAAAAAUGUAUCAAUUAUUUUGAACAAGAUUUAAGAAAUAAUAGAAUGUUUUUAAGUAUUAUUACUUCUACAAUGCCUUUAUUGAAUGAAUAUUUUCCGGAUUAUGUUUCAAGAUAUUCAUUAGAAAUAUUAAUGAUUACAGAUUAUCAUUUUUAUGAUAUAAAAUAUCAACAUAGCAAAUUACAUCUUGAUUCUUUUCAAUAUCCUCAAAUACUUAAUUUAACUAAUUCUAUUUUAUGGUUAAAAUACAAUAUGUGGAUUGGUAAAUUAUCUGAAACUCAUCUGAUACUAUUCAUUGUUAUUCAACUUUUAAGUUUAUUUAUAAUUUUAAUCUUUUUACCAAUUUAUUUUGUUAUGUUUUAUAUAUUAUCAAAAUACCUUUAUAUUAAUGAUUUUUAUACAAAUGGUGCAUUAUCUCUUUAUUUUGAAAUUAUUAAAUUAUUUUCAAAACGUAAAACAACACCAGUAAUUACUUUCAUGAUUCCUUAUAUUAAUUUUGUGAAUUAUCCAAAAGAUUAUAAUUGGUUUUGGGAACUAAUUUCACCUCAACCUAGUCCAUUUGUUAACACAAUAAGUAAUGAUAUCUAUAAAACAUUGGAUGGUGAAGCAUUAAUUAAUUUUAAAUGGAACAUGUAUGGAAAAAUUUAUCACUCAAUAAUUUGGAUUGGAUUUAUGGCUUUACUUGGAUGCUUUAAUGCAGCUGCUAAAAUUCCUAAACAAUAUAUUGGUGAUGAUGUUCUAAAUCAUCUUUUAAUUGCUUCAAUUAUACUUGGAUUUAUUCAUUUAAGUUUUGAAGUUCGUCAAUUGAUUUAUAAACCUGAAAGGUGGAUGAAGGAUAUUGGGAACUGGUUUGGUAUAUAA